CCUAAAAAGACUUGAAUAUCAACGAAUGAGCUUUUAAAUCCCAUAAAUAUCGGCAAUAGCAGUUACUUGCAUUUCGACAAUUUUAAUGUUGCAUGCAUACUAUCCAGAAGCAAAAUCCCGAAAAUCAUCCAAGCAAGAAAUGUCAUCCAAACGUCCAUUCCCCUUCGAAAAUAGUAUCGAAAAGGAGCACAAGAAAAGAAAUGUGAGCCAAUUUGCGCUAACACAUCUACGAUCCUAACACAUAUUGCAGGUAAAUUCUUCGUCACAUGGAAAAGCCUCGAAGUUAUUGAGUGCAUUAGAAGACCUUCUUGAUCAAGGUGGAGUGGACGAAGUCGAGACCGUGAUAGGUAAGACGGCUUUUUCAGGAGCCCUCGAGCUUCGGGAUACAUUAAGAAACCAACUGCAGCCGGAGCUAGAUCAUAGCAACCCUACUGUUGAUGCGUCAUCGCAAGAAUUUGCCAAGCACAAUACAGGCAAAAUGAUAUAUCCUACGCAGCUUACUCCGUGGACUUCUUCUUCAAUCCCAACGGAGCUCCCACCCCUUCCAGAAGUGCUUGAUCCUACCCUUGAGGUGGCAGCAUUUACUCACCAUGGCUACAGUUCUGGCGACAUUUCAGAUUUGAGCUAUGAGCGCUUGGAAUGGGUUGGAGAUGCUUAUAUCUACAACAUUUCCACGCUUCUCAUUUCACAAACAUUCCCUGCUUUACUGCCUGGAAAGUGCUCUCAACUUCGCGAAAGACUUGUCAAAAAUAUCACUUUAGCGGAUUAUGCUCGGAAAUAUGGUUUCGACAAGCGCGCCAGACUGCCAGAACAAUACCAGAGCCAGGACACGACUAAAAUUAUGGGAGAUAUCUUCGAAUCAUAUGUCGCAGCUGUUUUGCUCUCAGAUCAAAAAAAUGGGGUAGCACGUGCAUCGGAAUGGUUGAGGAGUCUUUGGGCUAUGACAUUAUCAAAAGAGAUCAAGCAGGAAGAGCGAAGUGAAAAGAAACUGGAUAGUCCAUUAUGGAGACUGAGAGGAGCAGUUGAUGACGUUCAGACACAUAAUGUAACUGAAGUCGAGCUCAACGCCAAGGAGAAAUUGCAGAAGGCCCUAAACUCUAAAAUCAGCCGAUUGACAUACAAGGACAUCAGGCCAGUACGAAAGGACCCGAACACUAAACUUCCAGUAUUUACAAUAGGUGUUUUCCUUACUGGAUGGGGUGAGGUUGACAAGCAAAUUGGUUUCGGAACCGCAAAUGGCAAGAAGGACGCCGGCUUAAAAGCUGCAGAUAUGGCGUUGAAGAACAAGAAGAUGAUGUGCAAGUACCUGGAGAAAAAGAGAAUCUACAAUGCACAACAGCAAAAGGAAAGAAUUGCGCUUCAGAAACAGGAAGAAAAUAUCAAUGAUGCCCGAUUGUAGACGAGGAGUACAAUCGAACAGACAGACAUUCGAAGGCUUGCAUUCAUGAGGGUUCCUUGAGAGAUUAAUUGGUUGUCAACAUGGUAUGGAGUUAAUGGCAUUGGCGUUUGCCCAGGAGUUACUAGCUGGAUGGGCAAAGAUACCCAAGAAAUACGUCUCCAUAAAGACACGAAACAAAUCAAGCAUUUGCAACUGCAUUAGCACAAGCUACUUGUAUAAAAAGAGUUCAUGAGGUGUUCAAAUACAUCAUACUUAUUUUCUAGU